UUAAAAAUAAUUUACAAUAAAAAAAUGAACUUUUUCACGAUAUUCUAAUUAUAUGACCAGCACCUGUAUUCUUUGACUAAAAUUCUUGUCAUAUUCAUCCCAGAUGAUGAAAUCAGCACUGUUGCACUGAUGACAUAUGAGUGUCUAUAAACAAAAUAAGGUCCAGCCCAUCUAAAGCUCUAUAAAAAACAGCACAAAGAAAUGAGAGAUCAGAGGUUCUGAGCUUAUCACAACUUCCACUUUCUGACUUUCAUUUUUUUUUUCCUGGCUUAUUUUUGCUAUCAUUAUGAACUUAACAGUAAACAAUUUGAGCAGUACAUCUAGUUUGAGACCAUUAAAUGAGAAGCCUUUGCUUGUGCAAGUAGUGGUGGGGAUUCUCCUCUAUGUGAACGGACUGAUGAUUUUCACCUUUCUGAAGAAAGAAACCUUCAGGGACACGCGCUACAUUCUGUUUGCUCAGACUCUUUUUGUAGACUCUGCUCUUAUGCUGUUGGCUUAUUUAACACUUAUGGGGAUGUUUUACCAGUACCCCAUGCACAUGAUUCCGUGCUGUAUUAUCUGCACAAUUAUGAAUUUGCUCUCUCUUUGUUCACCCAUAACUCUUGUAGCAAUGUGUUUGGAGCGCUAUGUGGCGAUAUGUUUGCCUUUAAGACAUGCCAGCAUCUCCACCCCCAAAAACACUUUCAUUGGGCUUCUCAUCAUAUGGAGUGUCAGUUUUGUUCUCCCACUGUUUAUUCUUAUAGUUUAUUUUGCUUAUCUUCCUCCAGGUGUCAUGUUCUCAUAUGUUGCAUGCAGUGUGGAGAUAAUGUUACAGGUCAAAUGGCUGGCGGACACGAGGGCUGCGACACUACAGCUCUUAUUCAUCAUGAUGUUGUGUUUUAUUGUCUCCACCUACAUCAAGAUUAUGAUCACGGCCAGGUCAGCCUCCUCUGAGAACAAGAAGUCAUCGAAUAAGGGUCUAAAAACUGUUCUUCUACAUGGCAUUCAGCUGCUUCUGUGUAUGGUGCAGCUUAUAACCCCUUAUAUAGAAAUGCCUUUAUGGAAAUUAGAUGUCAUGCUAUUUGUGAAUGUAAGGUACUCAAAUUUCAUUUUGUUUGUGAUCUUGCCUCGUUGUCUGAGUCCCUUAGUUUAUGGAUUACGAGACAAAAAGUUUUAUAAUGCUCUAAGAUAUUAUGCCUUUUGUGGCAUUUGUAAUCAGCAAAAAAUACGAGAUGGUAAAACCUUGAAAGAUGUACUAAGCAUUUCCAUACACAAUUAAACCUCACACAAUAUUGUUUCAUUAAAAUAAACACCACUAAUGUGUAGCAUUCAUUUUAAUCAUAUAAAAUAACUUGUUUAUAAAUGUACUUUGGCUUGCAAUGGGUAUGCUGAUGACAAAAUAUACUUGAUGUUUAUUAUUUAUAUAUUUAUUUAAAAACAUUUAAUUAAUUAAUAUAAUUAUAAUGUUAAUGUUUAAAUAUUUAACUUUGUAAUAUUUAAUAAUUUAACUCUAAAUAAACCUGUCAAAUAUAGCAAUAUAUAUAUAUUUAUACAACAGUUCUGUCUGGUUCUCGAAUCUGAUUGGCUGAUAGCCAUGCGAUAUUUCAGUGAUAACAGCACUCCUACUGCCUUUUCACCUUU